AUGCAUUUUCUCAAACUUCAAAUUCAAUACGGAGGCGAUGUAAGCGAAUUGAUCUUAUCGACCAAUUCAAGUGACCCAACCGUUCAAGAACUGCAACAACACAUUGAAAAACAAUUGAAUAUUCCAGCAGAAGUACAACGUAUUAUGUUCAAAGGACAAAAUUUACAUGAAAAACCCGAAGGAAAAUUACGGCGAUAUGGCAUCACAAACGCAAGUCUCAUUCGAGUUGUGGGUCGCAAACAGCCCAUACGACGAUAA